UUCAAACCCAGAAUUAAUUCCGGCAUUGAUCCAGAAAGAUGAGCUCAUACAUGAGCAAAGUGUUCCCCAGAUCCAAUUCGAGGCCAAAGUCGUCCGCCUGAGAGAAGAAAUGUACCUCGUCGACGCCGGAAUCGGCCGCCCCAGAAUCGCCAACAAGCAGGAGCUCAUCAAACCACCCAAAUCCAGCCGGGUCGGGUUCCUCACCCCGUCGAACCGGGAGACGCCGUCGUGCUCCAGCGCUGCUUCGUCUAUCUGGUCACCGGCGAUCCCCGGACCAAGCAGCAGGCCGCCACCAGGUUCGACGAACGACGCCGCCGCGUCCGGCGGCGAGCAGAGGUUCAGGAAACAGCGCGCGUGGGUGGAGCUGAAGAACACGUGGAGGUCCAAUUCGAAAGUGAGAGGAGGGUACGCCGUAGCUGUAGCCGGCCAAAUUGCGUUUCUUCCUGCUCGGCCCAGUGAUCGGUUUAUUAUCGAGAGCAUCACCCCCAAGAAUUUUGUUGUUGCCAAAGCUUAACAAGUGAUGAUUUUUCGUAAACCGUUAUAUAUUGGCUUCAUGAAUCCAUAUCCAUUACAUGGGAGACAAGAAGACCAACAUUACAUCAAAUUAGUGGUCCACAUCGAAAAGUUAAGAUAAUGUAUUUUUUGGGAAAAAAAGAAGAUAUUGGAGAACAAGUAAUAUUUAGAGUUAACUGCAAAAAAUUCCCUAAACUUUGGACGUUUUUGCGCUUUACCCCCUGAACGGAAAAAAGUUGCACGAGCAUACCUGAACUUGUUAAAUUGUUGCACCGAUGAUGAAAAAAUCCAUUUAUAGCAAAAAUUCGGCCUGAAUUGCACACGUGCAACUCACACGUGAUAAUGAAGGGGCAAUUUCGUCGAUUCACAAAACUUUCAGAUAAAAGAAUAAAUAAAAAAAGAGAAAAGAAAAAGAAAAAAAGAAAAAGGAAAAAGAAAAAAAA